GAUCGCAGUCUCUACAGAUCUGGCUACGUUGGUUCUCUCUUGAAUUUGCAGUCUCCAGAUUCCUUCUAUUUUCCUAAUUUGCGGGCGAAUGGCAGUCAGUUGGCGGCUCUGCCCACCCUCUCCUACCCCCGGAGCUCCAUCCCCUGGACUUGCUCAAGUUCGUGCGCAGCCCAGCCGCAGAGCCACGCGUUCAGCGGCGCGGCGCAGCCUUACCUCCCCGGCUCCGUCCCCAUCAACAUCAGCUCCAACGGCAACAAAGAGUGCCUGGAAGACAACAAUAAAUAUUACUCCCACGAUGCGAGCUCCAAACAAGAGGAGAGAUGCCGGCAGAGGCAAUCUUUUGCAACUGACCCAACUGUUACUCACGCAGCCAACCUAAAGCCCGUAAAGUAUGACCACUCGAGCCUGCAGAGAAGUUUGCAUGGCUCGGCUGCUCUUUUUGAAGUGAAUUCCUGCACUUCCAGCUUAAAGGAGGACAUCAAGAAUUCCGUCAACUUGAACCUGACAGUUCAGCCCGCAGCAGUCCAGUCAUGCCUCAGACCUUCAGUGCAGGAUGGUUUGCCUUGGUGCCCCACCCAGGGGAGAUCAAGAAAGAAACGGAAACCUUACACAAAACAACAAAUUGCUGAAUUGGAAAACGAGUUUCUCCUCAAUGAGUUUAUUAACCGACAGAAGAGGAAAGAACUAUCAAACAGACUGAAUUUAAGCGAUCAGCAAGUUAAAAUUUGGUUUCAGAACCGGCGGAUGAAAAAGAAAAGAGUAGUAAUGCGAGAACAGGCUCUUUCUAUGUACUAGAGCAGAGUCCGCCCGUUCCCGCAUGAACUUGUGCCCGAAGUGUUCACCCCUAGAGUAGAGCGUAUUCGCGAGUGAAACGCGAGGAGUGUGUUCUUUUUGUCAUUUAAACCAAGUUCUCGAAACGCGUAGGAUCCCUGCGUAAAUUGGCAAACGCUGAGCUCUUAGCCAGAAUGAAGAAGACAAGCCGGACCAGCAUGGAAACCUGUAUUAUCAGCUUUU